AUGGACGCUCAUGAGCAUCACUGGUUACUGUUGAAGCUGAACAAUGUAUUGGAAGAUGUAUUCUUCGUGCUGGAAUGGCGGCUGCGGGUACUGGCAAAAGACGUAGUUAGUGAUGAAAGAGGUCUUCGUCCUGGUACCUUUGAUGCUCUCCUCGCCAGAGCAAGAGGUGGCUGCGCGUCCCAAAGCCGCAUCAAACGUGGGGGUUCGGUGCCUGCGCCCACUACUACACAAGUGCGAAGCAUCAGUUCGCGCUUGAUGGCCAUAUACGAGUUCACUGGGUAG